CACAGCGAAUUCGUUCGCCGGCUCCCAACAAGAACGCGUCGUCGCCGACAUAUACAGCGUGAGCGCCAACCUAACCGAGGGGGAACAUACAUAUAGAUAUAACCGCUAUUAAUCCUACGGUCGUGGGCGAGUCGGUUCGUGAAAAUGGCCGGGGAAAAGCGCAGCCAGGAUCAGGACGAGAUCUCACUCGCGAAGACGGUACUCAUCGACAUCGAAGGCACCACCACGAGCAUCAGUUUCGUGAAGGAGACUCUCUUUCCUUAUGUGCGUCAGAAUCUAAAAGACUACAUUGAGACGAAGUGGGAGGAUGAGGAGUUCAAGCAAGAUUACGAAAAGUUAAAGGAACAGGCAAAAAAGGACGAAGAAGAAAAAUUGGAAGGUUUUGCAGCAAUUACUGGCGAUAAAUCCGAAGAGGAAAAAGAUUCACUUUUGAAAAAUGUUUUGUGGCAAAUGGAUAACGAUCGUAAGACAGCUGCUUUAAAGCAACUACAAGGACAUAUGUGGCGUGAAGCAUAUAAAACUGGCACAAUUAAAGGACACAUUUAUGAGGAUGUUCCUAAAGCGAUUGAAUCAUGGACAAACAAUGGCCAAAAAAUAUAUGUCUAUUCAAGUGGCAGUGUUGAAGCACAGAAGCUCCUUUUUGAAUAUUCUAUACAUGGUGAUUUGCUUAAGUAUUUCAACGGUUUCUUUGACACAGAAAUAGGUGCAAAGCAAGAAAGUGACAGCUAUAAAAAUAUAUUAAGUAAAAUCAGUGAAAAUCCUUCUGAUGUUGUUUUUCUUACUGAUGUUGUGAAAGAAGCUGCAGCUGCCAAGGAAGCAGGUUUAUCAACAGUAAUUGUAGUACGUGAGGGUAAUGCUCCACUGACUGAUGAAGAAAACGUUACAUAUACAACUAUUAAGUCCUUUUUGGAUUUGACAUUUCAAUCGUCUACAAAGCGGCAAAAAAUAGAAACGACAGAUGAUAAAGUUGAUGAAGGUACAGCUGACGUUAGUGAGCCAAUGGACACUUCCGAGGAUGUAGAAAUGUCCAAUGUCAGUGAUAAAAAAGUUGAAAAAAAUGAUGCAAAAGAAGUAACUGAAUCGAUAGAAAAAGAAUGUGCAAAGGACCAACCAUCAGAAAGCACUUCAAUUUCAUCAGGACAAGUGAAAGAAUCAGCAGUAGAUGAAAAAGACGUUUCAAAUACUGAACAGAAGAUAACAGAAUCUAAUGUCAAAUCCGAGGAGAGCAUAAAUGAGGAAUCAGGUUCCUCUGAAAACACAAAAAGUGACGUGAAAGAUGAUGUCACACCAGCCACAAAAGACAAUGAUAAAGAUAUUGCAGAGAAGACUGAAGAAAAUUUAGAUACAACUGCAACUGAAAUUACUACUGCAGCCGAUGAUUCCAUGGACGUGUCCGUACCAGAGUCUGCAUCAAAGUCCGAGACCACUAUCACGUCUUCCGAAAAAAAAAUCGAAGAUUCUACAGAUGUUACAAAAGAUACACAAGCUGAAGAUGUCGAUAAAACUGAAACGAUUAAAAGUGAUGAAAAGGCAGAUAACAUUGUACCACAAUCACAAACGUGUGACAAAAAUAUAGCAAACAAAUCUGAAGAAUGUGUGACAGCGAAAAAAGAUGAAGUAAAGGAAGAAUCAAAGAUUGUUUCAGAUACAUCUGAAAGCGAGAAUAUUUUAGCAAAGAGCGAACAGGAAGUAACAAAAAUGGAGAUAGCAGUAGAUGUCACAGAAAAUGGGGAAGUUACAGAAACAGCUACGGAAAAAACUACGGUAUCGGAAGCGGUAACAGAAACAGAAGAAACAGUUACGGACGUAAGGAAAGAAGCAACCGUAUCAAUUGAAGUAUCUGCAGAGAAGAGUUCAGAAAUAAUUGCAGAAUCUGAAAAAGCUGAUGAAAAGGUCCAAACAAUGGAAACGGAGACUACUGAUGCUGAUAAAUGCGAGAAUGAAACUACGCAACAAGAGACAAUAAAAGAAGAGGAGACAGUGAAAGAAGAGAAUGUAGUGGAUACGAAAGACAAAACUACGGUAGAUUCGGAAAAGCAAAAACUCAAUGGAACCACACAAAACGGAAAUACGGAUGUGCCAGUGUUGGAUGAUAAAUUACAUAGUAACGGACUGAAUGAAGGGCCAUCGAAGGAGACAACGAACGAAGACGCGGCGGCGCAAAACGGUGAGCCGGAGAGUUUGUCAGAAAGUAGUGCGGAAUCCAUAAAAGUUAAAAAAGUCGUCGAUUCCGCUGUAGCCGACGGUGCCGGAGAACCCGACGUUGUUCCUCCUGUAGUUGUAGCGGCGACGUCUUAACUUUGUUCUUAUACAGUUUAAGGAGCCCUUCAUGCAUAACCCCAAUCCACAAGUACUUAUUCGCAGGUAUAAACUGAUAUUAAUUGAAAUCCCAUGUAUACUUUAUGUAAAUCGUACUACGUCAAAAACGUAACGCGCUACUUUAAGAUGCAAUUCGUAAAUCGUUUGUUUUGGCGGCUCUAUAAAGAAAAUAGAAAAAAUAGUAUAAUACGG